UAAUCAAAAUGGAAGAACUUGUCAAAUGUCGGCCAUUUUGAAACGUAAACGCUUAGUGUACAGUCCUAGUCUUGUAUUACGGUCUUUCAGCAGCGGAGUCCUACGAUUUUCAAUUCGAAAGGAAGAUUUUGUGAAUGUUAAGUAUUCUAAUUCGAUGUCCAGAGUCUAUAUCGGUAAAUGGGUCAGUAGUGGUAAAUGUUACCCCCAAAACAUCCCUAAAACGUUCCAAAAAAGAUAUUGAGACCAGUGCCCUACUACCAGUGCUUAUCACAUCACACUGUUGGAUGGAUCGUUGAACCCUGAAGUAUGGAACACGUUUGAAAAAAAGAAUUCCAGUCAGAAGUGUGUCACCGCAGUGUAUGAUACUAGCUGUAGGUAACGGAAGUGGGGGCGAUGGAAGGAGGAAGAGAGCGGGGAAGGUUGGUGAAGAGAACCUCUCACGGUCGAUGAUCUACCUUGAGAUGACCACGGACCUCAUUCUUAAAGGUCCACGAGGUUUACCGAUUAUUGGGAACAUUCUUGAUGUUGUUAAUUUAGUGAAAGAAACAAAAUCUUUGUCCGACGUUUGGUGUCGAUUAGCCGAGAAAUAUGGACCGGUUGUUGGUCUCAAAUUAGGCUUCGAUGAACCGUUAAUUAUUGUUUCUGGAAAAGCUGCCAUUACGGAAAUGUUACAUCGAUCUGAAUUUGAUGGGAGACCAAAUUCAUUUUUAUUUAAGUUUCGGACUGGUGGUACUCGACAAGGAUUAUUAUUUACUGAUACCAAUGUCUGGCACAGUCAAAGAAGAUUUAUUUUAAAAACCUUGAAGGAAUUUGGUUUUGGCAGACAGACAAUGGAACACGUUCUUCAAGAGGAUGCAAUUAUGUUAACGAAUAUCGUUACUGAAUUAACAAAGACAGGAACUGCGACAAGUAUUCAAUCUAUCAUUAGUGCAGCUGUUUUGAGUAAUCUGUGGCUUCUUAUUGACGGUACAAAAUUCGACGUAGGUAUGGAAAGUCCGAUGUUGAAGGAAGCUAUAAACAUUUUAAAAGAUCUUAACAGCAGUUCAAAUGUUUCUGGCGGGAUUUUGAAUCAGUUCCCUUUCUUGAGGUAUCUAUUUCCAAAGUGGACUGGAUUCUCAAUGCUUGCGGAACGACAAAAACGCAUAAAUAGUUUCUUCAUGAACGUAGUAACAAAACACAAAGAAACGAUAAACGAAUUAAAAGACAAAUACACAAAUUUCAUAGAUGCUUAUUUGCAAGAAAUCGAAACUCGCAAAACAAGUUCAUCUUCUUCAUUUUUUAACGAAAAUCAACUGGUAUACGUUGUGAAGGAUUUAUUCGCUGCCGGUGUAGACACGACUGAUAAUACAAUUGGCUUCGUGAUAGCAUUUCUUGUAACGUAUCAAGAUGUGCAGCGUAAAGUACACGAAGAGAUUGACGAAGUUAUUGGCAGAGAUACGUAUCCUUCUCUGAGCGAUAGUAACCGGUUGCCGUACUUAAAAGCUGUUUUAUCAGAAGUGUGGAGAUUAGCGAACAUUGGUCCAACUUCGAUUCCGCAUCGAGCAAUAAUCGACUCCAAUUUACUAGGAUUUGAAAUAAAGAAGGAUUAUACUUUAUUAGCGAACCUCAAAAGUGUACAUAUGGAUAAAGAACAUUGGGGAGAUCCAGAAGUCUUUCGUCCUGAGAGGUUCAUCGACUCAAAAGGACAAUUUAUCGAAGACUCGUGGCUCAUUCCUUUUGGCUUAGGUCGUAGGAAAUGUUUAGGCGAAACUGUAGCAAAACGCACUACUUUUCUUUUCAUAGCGAGUCUGUUGCAGAGACUCCAUUUUAAAUUGCCAGUGGACCAUCCGAAACUUGGUCUUCGAGGCGUCGAAGGAUUCGUAAUUAUGCCACCCAAGUUUGAAGUCAUUGCUGUACAAAGAUAUUAAUUUUAUAAAAUAAGAAAAUACCAAAAGUAGGCAAAAUUUAUAGCAUCAAAGAUUUGAACAAAAUAA